AAAAUUUUAAAAUUAUGCUAAAAAGAAAAAGAAUACAUACAUCAUUUCCAAAAAUUACACACACUUUCAGUAGGGGGACGCGCAACUGACAACUCUCUCUCUCUCUCUCUCUCUCUCUCUCUCAUCAUCUUCUUCGCUAGGGUUCAUGCUUCUCGCCAAUUUUUAGUCCCUGUCAUUUUCUCCGGAUUGAGAAAUGUAUUUGGUAAUUUCUCCUUUAAACUCGUAUUCUGUGUUUCGGCUUGGAAGCGGCUGUUGGCAGUUGAGAUGAUGUCGCUCAUGAGUUCCAGCAACGACGGCCGCGUGGUACCGCCGCCGGAACGGGGAAGCGGCGCCGUCGAAGAAGAAAAAUCCGCCGCUUCAACAAGCGAAAUUGGUUCAGCCGGAGCUUUCGGAUUCGGCACAGUGGCUUCGACUGACGAAGCUGUUCGAGUUGGCGGUGAUGAAUCGGAUGAAACUAGGUUUAUCGGUAUUGUGAGUGAUUCUAGAGUUUUAAAGAUGGAGGAUGAGGAAAACAGGUUACACGGCAGCGGGGGAGGAGAAGAUAAACCUACUUCUUCCGUUUGUAGAUUGCACGGGAGCAGUGGAAAAAGCAGUUCGCGGGGCGGGAAGCUGGAACAUAAGAAGAAUAUGAGUGCGGCUGCGGAUUACGAUUCUAUUUUAUCUGCAUUCGACCAGUUCGCGGCUAGAGGAAAGGACGAAGCGGUUGGAUAUGGGUUCCAAAUCGGAGAUAUGGUUUGGGGAAAGGUAAAGUCCCACCCGUGGUGGCCGGGUCACAUAUACAAUGAGGCACUUGCUUCACCGUCUGUCCGGAGAGGCAAGCAUGAGGGCCACGUGUUGGUGGCGUUUUUCGGGGACAGCAGCUAUGGGUGGUUUGAUCCGGAGGAGUUGAUUCCGUUUGAGGAGAACUUCGCAGAAAAAUCGAGGCAAACUACAUCUCGGUCAUUCUUAAAGGCGGUGGAGGAAGCUGGAGAUGAGAUAGCCAGAAGAAGUAGUUUGGGUUUAGCCUGCCGCUGCAGAAAUGAUUUUAAUUUCUCGCCAUCUAGUGUAGAGGGAUAUUUUGUUGUGGAUGUGGGCGAUUCGGAGGCGGGGGUUUAUAGCUUGGGCCAGAUAAGUAAAGCGCAGGAUAGUUUUCGACCGAGGGACAUGGUUUCUUUCCUGCAGGAAGUAGCCUUGAAUCCCAUGAGUGACCAGUGCUCGUCCGUUGAUUUUAUCAAGCAGAAGGCAGCAGCUCUAGCUGUUAGAAAGAUGUUUUUUGAGGAGUUUGAUGAAACUUAUGCUCAGGCUUUUGGAACUCAACCGAUGCGCCCUUCUCGUCCCACUGCCCCUGCUGCCGUGGAUCCAUCCAAAGCUCCUUUGAGGGGGCGACUGGUGUUUGCUGAAACUCUUGGUAAGAAGAACAUUUCUGUAAAACCUGCGAAAACAAAGGGUCUAGUGGAGAAGGACAAAUAUCUUUCUAAACGACAAGAGGAUUCUAUUUCAAUGAAGAGCAAGAAAGCAAGUUCAAGCCAGGUGGGUCACUUCCCUCGUCCGCUUUCGGUAGAUAGACAUUACUCUGGCAUAAGAGACCCCAUGCACCAGGCAUCUGAGUCUUGUUUCACUGAUGGUCGACAUCAACCUAUAAGUCAGCCGGCAUCAAUUGAUAUCAAACCUUCUGAUAGUUCCAGGAAACUUGUUGAAGGUGGGACCAAAAAAGUUAAGUUUCUCAAGCGUCCUGCUGGGGAAUCUAUUGGUGACAAUGCAAUCAGUGUAAAGAAAAAGAAAAGGAAGGUAAUUAACCCUGAAACUGGGGAAUCUAUUGGUGACAAUGCAAUCAGUGUAAAGAAAAAGAAGAAGAAGGUAAUUAACCCUGAAACUGGUGGGGAACGUAGGGAGUUACCUCGUGCAGUCAGUCACGGUGCAGUAGGUACAGAGAAUGUCUCAGGAAUGCCGGCCCAUGUUCAUCCCACUGAUAAUAGUGGGUCGGAAGACCAGAAAAAAGAUGCAGGUGUGGGCUUAUCAUCAUCCCAAUCACAACAAGCAGCUGACUUUGCAAAAAUAGAGCUUCAAAUGUUAGUGACGGAUCUACGCGCUGUUGCUCUCAAUCCCUUUCAUGGAGAGCGGAAGAGUUGCCCAGCUGUUAUCAAGCAGGUUUUCCUAAAAUACCGAUCCCUCGUGUACCAGAAGAGCUUGGUUUUAGUCCCACCAGCUGAGAGUGAAGCAAGUGAAGGUAAUUCCAGUAGAUUACCCGUGCCCGCACCUGUGCCUGCUGUUGCUGAGAAGAUUGUGAGACCUUCAGUCAGACUUGAUGAUCCAACCAAAGGCGGAAAGAAACGCGAUCGUCCGGAUGAUGUCCAGAAAAAGAAGCUCGAUGCCACGGAAGGUGUAAAAAGAAAGAAGUUGGAUGAUUUUUCGGAGUCUAAGAGAAAGAAGAUGGAUAACUCUAAAUCAUUGACAGUGGAAAAAAAGAUAAUUGUCCAGCCUGGGGAUGUGAAAGAUUCUUCAGCGCAAUCAAGAGGCGGCGUAAAACAAGAGUCAAGCAAAAGGACCGCAGCUGCAGGGCAGAUGACGAGAGCUGCGACUCCAACUAUGCUCAUGAUGAAGUUUCCAGCCGGUGCAGCACUCCCAUCCAUCCCCCAGCUGAAGGUGAAAUUCGCUCGCUUUGGGCCUCUGGACCAGUCGGCUACGAGAGUUUUCUGGAAAUCGUACACGUGCCGCCUGGUCUACCAACACAGGAUAGAUGCACAAGCUGCUCUCAAGUUUGCUGAUGGGAGCAGCAACUUGUUCGGGAACACGAAUGUACGAUGCUACAUCCGGGAAGUGGAAGAUCCAGAACCAGUCAAGCCUCCUCCAAAGGAAGAUACUGAGCCGCCGAGGGCAGCAGCAGCAGCGAAAACUGCUUCCGAGCAGUCGGAUUCCGUGCAGCUCAAGUCAUGCCUGAAGAAGCCCACUGGAGACGAGGCCGGGAAUGGCGGUGGUAGAAGCGCCCGAGUUAAGUUCGUGUUGGGAGGGGAGGACAACAACAGCAGUCUCCCAGUCCCACCAAAUGAAAAUAAGAAAAACAAGGUUGCUAGUUUUCCCGAGGGUGCUUCUUCUUCUUCUCCUUCUUCUUCUAUACAUUCAACUAGUAAGAUUUUGCCCAAAAUUAAUCCUCAGCCCACCAACACUCUUACACCUCCCUUCCAACAGCCGGAGCAAGGAGUUAGACCGCCGCCGCCGGAGCAAGGAGUUAGACCGGCGGCGGCCGCCACGCCGGCUGAUAUCUCGCAACAGAUGCUUAGUCUACUAACGAGAUGCAGCGAUGUGGUUAAUAAUUUGAGCGCUGCAUACGGCUGUGUGCCCUACUAUCCUCUUUAAAAAGAAGAGAAAAAAGAAACAGAAUACAUCCUAAUUAAUGCCCACUCAUUCAAACGGGCUGAAUGAAAUUUGAAUGGAGUUGUGUUUUGUGUUGUGGAUGUAGCCUUUUGGUAGAAUAUCAGUAUAGAUAGUCUCUCUCUCUCUCUCUCUCUCUCUAGUACUACGAUGAUGUGAAUCACUUGCUUCAUUUUGUCUAUGGUGAAUUUCUUUUUCAUGCCA